AAUAGAAAUUAACAUUGUGAUGCAGUUUUCUUUGUUUAGUCUGGUGUAUUAAUACAAAAUCUAAUUCUACUGACUUUGACAAUAAAGAAUAAACUAAUGCAGGCUGCUUUUUUUUUAUUAGAAAGUAAACAAAUUAGGAUGUUGGAGGGUCCCCCAACUGGUCCCGGACAAGGUCCACCUGGACCACCCGAACGUGCUGGUCAAGAAAACUUACAUGCUUUGCAACGAGCUAUUGACACCAUGGAGGAGAAGGGUUUGCAAGAAGAUCCUCGCUACACACAACUACUCGCCAUACGCGCCACCUCUAAACAUCAACAUUUAACCAGCAAUCAAAUCAACAUGUUGAGGACCCAAAUUACAGCUUAUCGUCUAUUGGCACGUAAUAAACCCAUUUCCAUGCAAAUGCAACAAGCAUUUCAACAGGCAGCCCAACAACAACAACAGCAACAAGGUCCUCCCGGUCCCACCAUACCAGGGCAUCCAGGAGUACCCGGACCGGCACAGGGACCUCCAGGACCCCAACAACCAGGUCAAACGGGUACACCACCACAAUGUCCCACACCACCAGCUUCUCCCUAUGGCCAACCACCAGGGCCAGGCAAAAUGCAACCACCACCACAUGUACAGCAGCAACAACAAAUGCCACCUGGUCAAAUAGGGCCAAUAGGUGGUCCUCAAACGGGACCUCCUGGACCUCUACCACAAGAUAUGCAUCAAAUGCCUAAUGGUGGUAAACCACCAGGACCACCCAUGAUGGGAGGAGGACAGCCACCAAUUUCUUCACCCAUGCCCGCCACCAUGGCAGCCCAAGGUAUACGACCACCCGGCCCGGCAGGCAUGCCGCCACAAGGUGUACCUAAACCAGGAGCUCCACCACCACAACAACCCAUGCCUAAACCAAAUCGCAUUACUACAGUAGCAAAACCUCAAGGUUUAGAUCCCAUAGUUUUGCUGCAGGAAAGAGAAAAUCGUAUAGCUUCACGCAUUGCUCUACGAAUGCAGGAACUGCAACGUUUACCCGCUACAAUGCCGGAAGAUUUAAGAUUACAAGCCGCCAUAGAACUGAGAGCCCUACGAGUGCUCAACUUUCAACGACAAUUGAGAACCGAAAUAGUCCAGUGUACUAGACGCGACACUACCCUAGAAACUGCGGUUAACAUUAAAGCCUAUAAGAGGACUAAAAGACAAGGUUUGCGUGAGGCACGUGCUACCGAAAAACUCGAGAAACAACAAAAAUUGGAGGCUGAACGUAAACGUCGACAAAAACAUCAAGAAUUUCUGGCAGCCGUUUUACAACAUGGCAAAGAUUUCAAGGAAUAUCAUCGUAAUAAUAAGGCACAAUUGGCUAGAAUGAAUAAGGCCAUUAUGAACUAUCAUGCCAAUGCAGAACGUGAACAGAAGAAGGAACAAGAACGUAUAGAAAAAGAACGUAUGCGUCGUUUGAUGGCCGAGGAUGAAGAGGGUUAUCGUAAACUUAUCGAUCAAAAGAAAGAUAAACGUUUGGCAUUCCUGCUCUCGCAAACCGAUGAAUACAUUAGCAAUCUCACACAGAUGGUGAAACAGCACAAGGACGAUCAAAUGAAGAAGAAAGAAGAUGAACACAAACGUUUGCUGCAAUACAAGAAGGAGCUGUUAGUGAGUGGAGAAUAUAUAAAUAUUGAUGAUAGUAGUGUAGCGGCUGAUUUGCAUGUCACUGUGAUGGAACAAAGCACUGGUAAGAAAUUGACCGGAGAGGAUGGACCUGUACUAAAACAUUUGCACAGAUGGCUGGAACAACAUCCCGGUUGGGAUUGGGUGGAAGAUGACGAUAAUGCCGUUAAUGAGGAAGAGAAAAAUCAAGAAGAAAAAGAGAAACAGGAAGGUGAAGACAAUGCUAAAGAGGGUGAAGAAAAGAAUGAAGAGAAUGCUCUUAUUGAAGAUCCUUCGGCUUUCAUUAAAAAGGUUAAAGUUGAGGAUGAUGAAUAUCGUACCGAGGAGCAAACCUAUUACAGUAUUGCCCAUACCAUACACGAAAAGGUUACCGAACAGGCCAGUAUUAUGGUUAAUGGUAAAUUGAAGGAAUACCAAUUAAAGGGUCUAGAAUGGUUGGUAUCUUUGUAUAACAAUAACUUAAACGGCAUCUUGGCCGAUGAAAUGGGUUUGGGUAAAACUAUACAAACCAUUUCUUUGGUUACCUAUUUAAUGGAUCGCAAAAAGGUUAUGGGUCCUUUCUUGAUUAUUGUACCCCUUUCAACUCUACCCAAUUGGGUGUUGGAAUUUGAAAAAUGGGCUCCCUCGGUGGGUGUAGUCAGCUAUAAGGGUUCUCCUCAGGGCCGCCGACUUUUGCAGAAUCAAAUGCGCGCCACUAAAUUCAAUGUUUUACUAACCACUUACGAAUACGUUAUUAAAGAUAAAGCGGUUUUGGCCAAAAUACAAUGGAAAUACAUGAUUAUCGAUGAAGGUCAUCGUAUGAAGAAUCAUCAUUGCAAACUGACACAAGUUUUGAAUACUCACUAUAUAGCACCCUAUCGUUUACUGUUGACCGGUACUCCAUUGCAAAAUAAAUUGCCCGAGUUAUGGGCUCUAUUGAAUUUCUUGUUACCCUCUAUUUUCAAAUCAUGCUCCACCUUUGAACAGUGGUUUAAUGCUCCCUUUGCCACCACCGGUGAAAAGGUCGAAUUGAAUGAGGAAGAAACAAUUUUGAUUAUUCGACGUUUGCACAAAGUAUUGCGUCCCUUCUUGCUGAGACGUUUGAAAAAAGAAGUCGAACAUCAAUUGCCCGAUAAGGUGGAAUACAUUAUCAAGUGUGACAUGUCCGGCUUGCAAAGAGUUCUCUAUAAACACAUGCAAAGUAAAGGUGUUUUACUUACCGAUGGUUCUGAAAAGGGUAAACAGGGCAAGGGUGGAGCUAAGGCUCUUAUGAAUACAAUUGUACAAUUGCGUAAGCUGUGUAAUCAUCCAUUUAUGUUCCAGCAUAUUGAGGAAAAGUUCAGUGAUCAUACCGGUGUUCAUGGCAUGGUUUCGGGUCCUGAUCUCUAUCGUGUAUCGGGUAAAUUUGAAUUGCUAGAUCGUAUUUUACCCAAACUAAAGGCCACUAAUCACAGAGUAUUGCUCUUCUGUCAAAUGACACAAUGCAUGACUAUUAUUGAGGAUUAUUUGAGCUGGCGGCAAUUUGGUUACUUACGUUUGGAUGGUACCACCAAGGCCGAAGAUCGUGGUGAACUUUUGCGCAAAUUCAAUGCCAAAGAUUCGGAUUAUUUCGUUUUCUUGCUUUCCACUCGAGCCGGUGGUUUAGGUUUGAAUUUACAAACAGCCGAUACUGUGGUGAUUUUCGAUUCCGAUUGGAAUCCUCAUCAAGAUUUACAAGCUCAAGAUCGUGCCCAUCGUAUUGGUCAGCGUAAUGAGGUGCGUGUGCUGCGUCUUAUGACAGUGAAUUCGGUGGAAGAACGUAUUUUAGCUGCCGCACGUUAUAAGUUGAAUAUGGACGAAAAGGUUAUUCAGGCCGGUAUGUUUGAUCAGAAGUCUACGGGCAGUGAACGUCAGCAGUUCUUACAAACUAUUCUACAUGCUGAUGAUGCCGAUGAGGAAGAAGAAAAUGAGGUGCCUGAUGAUGAAAUGGUUAAUAUGAUGAUUGGUCGUAGUGAAGAGGAAAUUGAGCUGUUUAAAAAGAUGGACAUUGAACGUAAGAAAGAAGAUGAACGUUUGCAUCCAGGAAGAGAACGUUUAAUCGAUGAAUCUGAGUUGCCCGAUUGGUUGACCAAGGACGAUGAUGAAGUGGAACGUUGGCAUACUUAUGAGGAGGACAUUAUUUUGGGUAAGUUUUAG